ACACGUAAAUCAAAAGAGUAGGCCAAAUGUGGAAGCAGCAGGAGUACCAUCAGGCUGGUUCGACGCUGGUACUUGCCGGCAGGAAGUCGAAGAGAUUUCGACCAGAAUAGUGUCUGUUGAUGGUCGCAUUUGCGUCUAUGGGCUCGGCUGAUUGGCCGCUGUUUUUUCGCGUUCCAAUGUGCUAAAGACGUUUUGGUGACUGAAACUCUAGUUGAUUCGUUGGUGUGAAAAGACUGAUUGAAACAGCAUCGAAGCCAUGAAUAUCGCGAGAAAGAUCGACCAGGCUUAUCGGCCACGGCGGUUUACGUUACCCAAAAGGACAAGCGAACUGGUCGCUCUGAUCGCAGUCUCCACUACCUUGUUCCUCUUCCUUCACACCAGGGACUUGCAUCUGAGACUGAAGGAGAUGGAAGUGAGGCUACAACCGGAGGACAUCAUUCUAACCAACCAAUUAUUGUCCGGAGAGAGUGGACCUGAAGAACUAUCAGGCGUCAAAGCCAUGAUGAAAUUACUCCAAAGCACUGGAGAGAUGUCAACUUUAGAGCCGAACCAACUGAACAACACAAGAAAAGCCCAACAUGACGUGGUGUUCUUCAACCGGGUGCCCAAAGUGGGAUCGCAAACGCUCAUGGAGCUGCUGAGGCGAUUGAGCAUUCGAAACGACUUUGGGUUCCAUCAGGACCGGGUGCAACGGGUGGAAACCAUCAGGUUGGCACCGGAAGACCAAGCAGCCUUAUCAGCGCUGGUUUCCAGCUACGAAGAACCGUCGGUUUACAUUAAGCAUGUCUGCUUCACUAACGUUUCAUCAUUUGGCCUGCCAGAACCCAUCUACAUUAAUCUGGUGCGCGAUCCAGUCGAGCGAGUGAUAUCAUGGUACUACUACGUGAGGGCCCCAUGGUAUUAUGUGGAAAGGAAAAUCGCUUUUCCCGACCUUCCUUUGCCAGACCCAAAGUGGCUCAAGAAGGACUUUGAGCAAUGCGUCCUGUCUGGAGACCGGGAAUGCAAAUACUUGAAGGGAGAAGUGAGAGAAGGAAUAGGAGACCAUAGGAGACAGUCGAUGUUCUUCUGCGGCCAUCAUGUUGACUGUUUGCCGUUCAACACCGACGGGGCCCUGGAAAGAGCGAAACGAGCUGUAGAAGAAAACUAUGCGGUCGUCGGAGUGUUGGAGGAAAUGAACACUACUUUGGCAGUGUUGGAACACUAUGUUCCCCGGUUUUUCGAAGGAGCUUCCGAUGUCUACUGGAAUGAAAUCAGCCGGUAUAAUCCGAUAAACAAGAACAACUUCAAGCCGCCGGUGAGUGAAGAAGUCAAGGAACUAGUCAGGAAGAAUUUCACCAGGGAAAUUGAAUUUUACGAGUUUUGCAAACAGAGGCUGCACAAACAGUAUCUAGCUUUGAAACUGAAGAAACCUUAAGCAACUGCAUUUUACAGUUUCUUGAAGUAUUUGGCUCUGUGUGAUUGUUCUAGGGCCAAAAUAGAAGAGUAAUUAAGGCUUGCUUCCGAUAUUAUGCUUUAAUUGGAAAAUGUCCAGAAAUCUAAAAAUGUGGUUGAACAUUUUUUCGCUUAUGUCGAGUUCAUCCGUCUUGUGAUCAGUCUCCUCUGGAGGUGUAAAUAUGAAUAUUAGCCUUAAGUUAUGAUUAGCGUAUUUUAUAUUGUUUUUGAUAAUAAAACGGCUGAAUUAGUGUU